AUGGAACAGCAAAACGUUAUCACAGAGGUCCCGGCAGCCCUAAAGCGCCUGGCCAAAUACAUAGUGCGUGGUUUCUAUGGAGUGGAGUACUCCCUGGCCCUGGAUAUACUGAUCCGCUACCCCUGUGUGAAAGAGGAUGACUUGCUACAGUUGCUCAAGUACGAACGUAAACAACUGCGCGCUAUCCUCAACACGCUGAAGGCAGACAAGUUUGUGAAGCUGCGUAUGCGAGUUGAGACUGGGCCUAAUGGGAAGAGCACGAGGCACAAUUACUAUUACAUCAAUUACAAGGUGCUGGUGGAUGUGGUAAAAUACAAACUGGACCAUGUCCGCCGGAAAAUAGAAGCGGAUGAGCGGGAUUCAACUACCAGGUCCUCUUUUAAAUGUCCAUCUUGCUCCAGCACUUACACGGACUUGGAAGUCAAUCAGCUCUUUGAUGUAUUUACAGAGACUUUCCGCUGCACUUACUGCUACACCGAAGUAGAGGAAGAUGCCUCAGCCCUCCCUAAGCGUGAUGCUCGAACCUUGCUAGCAAAAUUCAACGAGCAGAUUGAGCCUAUCUUUGUGCUACUGCGCGAGACUGAAGACGUUGUUCUGCCAUAUGACUUGCUGGAGCCUCAGCCAACAGAAAUAGCAGAAUUAUCGGAAAGCUUUGAUCAGAAGGUGGGUUCAAGUGUGCUGGAAUCCUGUAGCCGACCUGGAAAAUGGGCCAACAGAAGUUCCUCUUUUGGUAAUAUGUACACCCAAAACUUAGUUAUUGAUGUCCAACACUCUGAGCCCAAGAAGAAAAUAAAAGAAAAAACAACUAAAGAGCAACCUAUCUGGAUGUCACAGAGCACCGUGGAAGGAGCAACAACAGCCACCGACAACAGUGCCGGAGUAAAUGCUUCUGAAGAAAGUGUUAAAGAAACUGCUGCUGAUAAUGAAAUCAUCAAGACUCUUCUGAUCCAUGAAUCCAAGUCAUUGUCUAGCACAGGCCAGGAUCCUGUCGUCAAAAGCAAACUACCCGAAUCAGGCAGCGAUACUAGUGAGCCUGAAGAUGCCAAGCACUCAAGAAGAGCAGGAACGAAAGUAGCAGGCAGUAACUUCGAACAAGAGGAGGAACAGGAAACACAAGGUCCUAUUCUAAUGGUAGCUGGUCAGCCUCGUUCAUAUGGUGAAGUUAGUGAAAAUCCAGAGCUUGUGUCUCUUAUGACAAAUGAAGAGAGAGAAGCUUAUAUAAAAGUAGGGCAAGAAAUGUUCCAGUCUGUCUUUGAAUAA